CGUGUUGCUGGUGUAAUCAGUGGGAGCACGCCUGCACAGUGUUAACGCUGCCUCCACCACAUGUGCGCUGCCUUGUGUUUCCCCAGGCUUUCACUUGAGUGUGCAUGAGGGCAUUUUGUGCGCUAGACUACUGUGCAAGGUUCGGCGCAACAAGUUUGCAGGAGCCCCAGCGCGCCGCCGUGCACACAGGUUCACUUUGCUUUGGCUGGAGCAGAGAGGAGAGGGGCUCCGCUCGUCUGUCUGUCUGUCACCACAAAGUCCCUCUACGUGAGCGCAGCGUCGCAGCCAAGCGCGCGCACACACACUCUCACACAGAUUAGUGUGCCACAAAUUCGUGACUCCGCGCCAGAUGCAGUUUGCUCCCCACAGCGCGUGUUACUGAAUGGAGAUCGCGGAGGCAAGAGGAGCAUCUAAGUGCGUGGAGAAAAUGGAGAAAGUGGCACCUAAGAAGCGACGGCAUUGCAGCACGACCCUGCUGAACAUAAUCUCGUCUUUAUGUUCGGUGGGGUCCGUCGCCUUCUGCGUCCUUCUGAGCAUUAACGCAGCGGACAUUCAGAACCGGGUUGUGGAUUUGGAGAAUGUGAAUGGCGGCCAGCCCUUUAUCCGCGCCACCGGUUACUCCACGGAUGAUUUGAACUCACUGGUUCAGCAGAGAGUUGAUGAGCUGCUCUCGCAGCGCUCCUAUGAAAAUUUUGUCAAGAUUCGGACUGCCAGACAAACAUCACCUGAAUGCAACUGCCCUCCAGGACCUCCGGGAAAGCGAGGAAGAAGAGGCCGCGAUGGAGAACCUGGACCUCCUGGUCCUCCGGGUCCAAAGGGUGAAAAGGGGGAUCAAGGCGACCAGGGACCACGGAUGGUCUUCCCUAAGAUCAAUCAUGGCUUUCUUUCCGCUGACCAGCAGCUCAUAAAGCGACGGCUCAUUAAGGGAGAUCAGGGGCAGGCCGGACCGCCUGGGCCUCCGGGGCCACCAGGCCCUCCAGGGCCAAGGGGGCCUCCAGGGGACACUGGGAAAGAUGGGCCCAGAGGUGUGCCUGGUCUACCAGGUGAUCUGGGGCAGCCUGGAGAAACAGGACCUGUGGGGCCUGAAGGACCAGAAGGGCCAAAGGGUUCCCUUGGACUUCCUGGAAUCCCAGGUGUUGAUGGACUGAAGGGGGAUGUAGGCAUUCCAGGAUUGGACGGUAUCCCUGGAGUCAAGGGUGAAAUGGGAGAUCAAGGUGAAAAGGGUGAUAUGGGUGAAGACGGUCCGAAAGGGGAUAUGGGGGAGAAGGGAGAUGCAGGCUCCUCCGCAGCUGGCAUCAAGGGUGAACCUGGAGAGCCUGGACGAAGUGGACACAAGGGAGAGCCAGGACUUCCAGGGCUGCCUGGACUCCCAGGGAUAAAGGGUGAGCCUGGGUUCCUCGGCCCCCAGGGAGAGCCAGGUCUUCCCGGACUCCCAGGAACGAAGGGUGAGAGGGGCGACCACGGGCCACCAGGGAAGGGUGAGCGCGGAGAAAUUGGAUACGUUGGACCAAAGGGGUCACAAGGAGAGGCCGGUACACCUGGUCCUAAAGGGUCAAAGGGGGAGACUGGAGAUAAAGGAGAUUUGGGACUCAUCGGCCCGAAGGGGCCCCCCGGGCAGAAAGGAGACCAAGGGGCCACUGAAAUCAUCGACUACAAUGGAAACAUACAGGAGGCUUUACAGAAGAUUACCACUAUUACAGUAACGGGUCCUGCUGGGCCUCCGGGGCCAAUUGGACCUCAGGGUGUAAAGGGGGAUCGAGGUAUGCCCGGUCUCCCUGGACUCGAUGGAGAAAGAGGCUACAAAGGUUCAAAAGGAGACAUGGGAAUGCCUGGAGCCUCAGGGGAGAAAGGAGCAACUGGUUUACCUGGUCUACCUGGUGUCAAUGGGCUCAAGGGAGAAAAGGGAGAUCUGGGUCUCCCUGGUCCUCAGGGUCCUUCAAUUAUUGGCUCUCCAGGGCCUCUAGGGCCCCAUGGACCGCCAGGACCCAUGGGACCCCACGGUUUCCCCGGACCAAAGGGUGAAUCUGGAUUGCAUGGUUUGAAGGGGAUGCGAGGGGAACCGGGACACAAAGGGGAUCGUGGACCUCUGGGUCUCCCUGGAGCCUCCGGCUUGGACGGCAAGCCCGGAAUUGGGGGCAUGGAUGGACCGUCAGGUCCAGCUGGUCCCGCUGGGCCAAAGGGUGACAUAGGUGAGAGAGGAGCACAGGGUGAGCCAGGACCAAGGGGACCUUAUGGACUACCUGGAGCUGCUGGAACACCAGGCUUAGACGGGUUGCCAGGCUUAAGGGGAGAGAAAGGCGACGUUGGGGAAAGAGGAGAAAAGGGGGAGAAGGGAAAGAAGGGCAAAAAAGGGCCUAAGGGGGAGAAAGGAGAACAGGGUGCCCCUGGAUUAGAUGCACCCUGCCCAUUGGGCCCAGAUGGAUUACCAAUGCCUGGAUGCUGGCAGAAGUGAUCACUCUAACCUGAAACGCAUGGAGUUUGUAAAUAAUGCUUCUUUUAUGGUAUUUAUAGUUUUUUUUAAUGGGGGAAAAAAAGAAUAGUACAAAAGAGAAACGAAGAAGUCUAUGUGUACAAUGAUACAAAAGAGAAAAAAAAGAGAUAAUUGUCCCUAAGCUGCUUCUACUCACAACGCUGUGUGAAAAACAAAAAAACAAACACGUGUGUGUGUGUGCUCUCUCGCAUCCACGUCGCCGUGGUUGAGUUCAGAUCCUCGGCUGGCGGCAGAACUUGUCUCUUUAGAGUCUUUGCAUGGCUCAAACUGGAGCGUCGCGGCCUGACCAGAUUCUCGAUGGUGAAAGGAGACGGAGGAGGAGAAGGGGGAGGAAGGGGAUCUGGACUGGCUCUCUAACACCAAACGCUAUAGGUGUUUUGUGUUGUUUCGUCUGACCACCCCUCUCAAGCAGCAUCGUUUUCUGGAAGACUAAAAAAAGACUGUGCCAAACAGAACAUUGCACCCCUGACCCCCCCCCCCCUGCAAAAGCAUGAGUAGUGUACUGAAUCUAUAUUUAUAUGUAUUGUACAUACAUGUCACUGUUUUGUGGUUGCGUCAUGGCUUCUGCAGAGAAAGAAACACAACACUAACAUAGAAAAACAAACCCAGAGCUCUAAAUCAGUGAUUUUUUAUUUUUAUUUUUUUGCUUUCCUUCAAUCUUCCCAAGGGAGUCACGCCGUGGCUGGUAGCCUGAAAACCCUUCCGCAGAAAGUAGAGCUGUUGGUUAUUGUUGCUUUAUUGUGGUGCGGCCGGCGAGAGGGUCUGACAUCAGCAGGGUUUUUUUCACUGUUGCACUUGUGGCCAAGCGUCAGUGGCACCGCACGUCUCUGGACAGAUGGGGGAGGGGGCAGGAAAACAAAACAAGGAUUUGGGACCGGACAGGUCUACUUGGGAUCCCCCCCCCCACCCACCCUUUCUCUGUCGGAGGAUUAUGAAGGGGAGUCGUGAAGAACUGCCUCUCAGGGUCAACACUGAGAGCGUCAACAGAAUGCAAUCACUUAUAUCUUUACAUUAUUCUUUCUUUUUUUUUGCUCUCAUUCUUAAACAUUGUUUGUAUUUUGUGUAUAAUAGCCUUUGGUGCCUCAAGCUUUUAUUCAUUCCUUUUAUCAGAAACUUUAUAUGAUGUUUUUAAUUUUACGGAAUGGUGUUGAUUUCAGAAGGGGUAAGCUUUGGUUGUAUUGUAUCGAGAAGAUGCUCUGUUUCUCAUUUUAUUUUUACAGGAUGUUGAAAUAGUUGUAGCUUCAGAUUGUGUCCAUCAGCCUCCGAUCUCACUCUUGGAGAAAGAAGCUCUUUGUUUGUGCGGAACAGAUCCCGCGUUUUUCACUCUGGGAUGUCAUUUGUGCAGUGUUGUCAGUUCACUGCAUGUAUGCAGUUUAUUCUUGGAUGUUGAGCGUAAGCGUUGCUGCAGAGGAGCGCAGUUUUGUUUCAUGCAGGGACAGUCACUGGUGUUUCUGAUGUGUCGUAUUAAGGCUGAUUAUUAUCUGUUCCACCUCAUGAAUUGUCUUAAACAUAUAGAAAACACAGAAAACAUGUCAGAAUAGCUGCAAUUGUCAGUAAAUGGAACCACAAGCUAAAGCGUGGCCAGUUAUGUCACAUUCCAUAUCGGAUGGAGCAAAAAUAAUCGGAGCUAGAUUUAUUUUUCACCACAGCCUCUAGGUCGUGAAUUCAAAUUCCUCCUGACACAGUUUGUGCUAUGCGAGGUGACACUCGCAGUCUUUUUCUUCAACAUUGCAAAUAUAUAUUUGUGAGUGAUUUACUGUCAGGGCGGAUGGGAAUAAACAAAAACCAACAUUUUGUUGUGAUGUAGCAGCGACCACAAUUGGACUGGAGAGGAUGUCUGGUUUCUGUUUGAUUGUACAGUUCAUCUCAUCAUUAUAAAGAAAGGAGACACAGAUUAUAAUGGUGCUAACUGAUAGUCGGCCCAGUUCAUGUGCUCUAACAGUGGCCAGAACAACACAACAGGUUUCUUUAUUGUUGUUGGUUUUUUUUAUGUAUGUAACAUUUAAAAGUUUUUUGUGCAUAUAUUUGUGUCAGUAUUUUAAGUGGUACGUUUAUUUAUUUUUUUCUAUAAUUUCUAACAUGAAGGCAUUUUUGGUUCGGAACAGCAUUCCUCUCAGUAGUUUUGUUUUUUUGGCUUUGUUUCUUUUCCGCUGCUGCGACUUUUGGAUCGCGCAAAGGCAUUGUGAAACAGUUAUGCAAAGUGGCACAGUGUGAAGGAAGUUGGUCAGUUUUUACAAAUUACAGUGUGCAUUCAGAUUAUAGGCCUUAUAAUGGAAUACAUCUGCUUUUAUUUAAUUUAGUGCGUCAGAACGCUAAGUACGACAACAAGGUACUGGUGGCCCGAGCGUUGAUGGGCCCAGCCAAUGCAACCACGCUAAACAUCACAGCUUUUUCUCAUGCUCUCUCUCUCUGUCUCUCUCUGUCUCUCUCUCUCCUCUUUGCAUUGAAUGUAGUUUGAUAUAUGUAUAGUGGAUUAUUAUUAUUAUUACUGUACUGUUAAGAUGUGUGCUCAUUUGACAAUAAGUGCAAUUUAUACUUUGGUUAAUGUGUGUAGCAUCAAAUGCAGCUGAACUGUCACACGACCUGUGAUCUCUGUAGCUCCAUUUGUUCAGUCAUGCUACCCUGUGUUACCACUACCUGGAAAAAGAAAAUGUUUAUUUACAAAGAAACCAUUAUGAACACGGACCUUUCAUUAAGUCUCAAUUUCUAAACUGUCCCUUCACUCAUGUUUUAAAGUGAUUUCCAAUACUUCAUAUUUAGUUUUUUUUUUUAUCUUGUGUUUUGACAUCCAGCCUUUGUUACAGUAUUUGUUCUCACAAAGUGCUGUAUCUUUAGCAUGUGCAGCUACAUUUUCUAAUUGAAUUUUUUUUAUUUGAUUGAUUUUGUUUGCAUUUGUUUGAUUGUUGCAUUUCCUGGUUGAAGUUUCAUAUUUAGAUUAUUCUGCUGUUUGCAGAAGUGCCAAAAUGAUAUUUCCAUGUCAGUAUUAGCAGAGCGAGUGCACAUCUGGGUAUUUGUCAGUGCUCGGAGGUCUUUCACCUUUCAGAGCAAAGGUUUGGGAUAAUUGACUAAUUUUGCGCAUUUUUCUGAAAGACAGCACUGAUCUCUGGUGAGAAAUUGAACCUCUCAUACUUCUGUACCCUUCCGAUGCACUGCAGCCUUACUGAAGUAACUAUUUUGCCACAUUCUCUCCAAAAUAAAAACCAGUUGUGGCUCAAAAUGCAAAGUAAAAUCCACUCUUUGGCUUUUUGAGUCACAACCUCUGUUUUAUUGGGUUGUGGCACAUGUUAAGUUUAUGUUCUGCAUUUGUGUUACACUUUUUUUUUUACCCACUUGAUUGACAUUUCUUUGAAGACCCUUGUGUUCACACGAUCUCAUAUUUGAAGAUGACAUUUCAUAUGACUGUACUGUUGGAGCCAAAUAAAUGCA